AUGGCAACCCGACUCUUCAGCAACAGAAUAGCCCUUUCGUCGGCGCUUGUCGCCACCGCUACGGCCGGUGUCUACACGGCGCUGGUCUACAGGCGCGUGUCAACCACGCCGCCCAACACCAUCACGAGCGCAAAUGCCGUGUCCGAGUCAUUUGCAAAGUCAGCAACGAUCCGCAACCUGGUGAACCCCAGAGGAUAUGUAGCGAUGUCAGACUCACGCUCAGUGACGCUCGAGCUGCCGCGGCGUGACUCGGAGGAAGAUGACGGGUGGACAGGACUCGCCAGCGAGCAACAAGGGCCGUCUGACCAGGUUCUUCUCGCGAGUUUUGUGAAGGGUUUCUUUGGAGGCAGGGUGUUUCAGCCGGAGCGAAUUGCCCUCGGGGUGUUGCGGCUGCAAGCUGGUCCUUUUCCUGGGUUGACCACGCCAGAAAGACGCAUCUGGAGCACAGAAGAGCUGUCAAAUGACACGCUCCCCCCUCCGUCUUCCACCAUCUUUGGCGCAUUCCAGGUCGCAGCCAUCGACAUCGCCAACACUGAGACCGACGAGGACCCAACGGUCUCUGCAAAUCAGGGUACGACUAGCAGUGUCGACGUCUUGUACGGCUCCAGCGAGGGCCACUUCGCAGGCUGCCACCGCUUCAGCGUAUGUCGCGACGGCCGCAAGGUCAAGCUCGCACUCGAGUGCGUGACGUGCAACCCGACCGUCGACGCGCCGUUGCGCCCGGCGUUCAUGUUCUGGUUCCAUCGAGUGUACGCCAUGUUGCUCUUCCGGGAUGCGCUAUCCAACGUGCGGCAGGUAGCCCGCCUGGAGUGA